GGGGCCCCAGGCACCUGCAGGAAGGGGAGCAGCCAACGGCGAGACCAACCGGGGCGGAAAACGAAAGCUGCCCCGUCAUCUUCGCCACCGAGAAGACCAUGGCUGAAGACAUCCCCGCCGAAAGCUUCCAGGAUGAAGCCUCCUGCUCCAUCUGCCUGGGCUUCUUCCAAGACCCCGUCUCCAUCCACUGCGGCCACAACUUCUGCCGGGCGUGCAUCACCCGCUGCUGGGAGGAAGAGGAGGCGAAUUUCACCUGCCCGCGGUGCAAAGAGACGGCCCCGGAGAGAAACCUGAGACCCAACCGGGAGCUGGCGAAAAUCAUCGAGAUAGCCAAGAGGCUGAGCCUGCAGGCAGCCAAAGGAGGGGCAGGGGGGGAGAGGCUGUGCGAGAAGCACCAGGAGGCUCUGAAACUCUUCUGCGAGGAGGACCAGACCCCCAUCUGCCUGGUCUGCAGGGAGUCCCAGGCGCAUCGCGCCCACCCCGUGGUCCCCAUCGAGGAGGCUGCAGAGGAGCACAAGGAGAAAUUCCAGGCUCACGUGCAGAUCCUGAAGGACAGGAGAGAAAAACUGCUGGGGCUGAAAAUGGCUGAGGAAGGGAGAAGCCUGAAUUUCCUCGAAAGGGUAGAAGAGGAGAGGCAGAAGGUCGUGGCCGAAAUCAAGGAGCUGCACCAGUUUGUGGAGCGACAGGAGCAGCUCCUCCUGGGCCAGCUAGCCAAGCUGGACCAGGAGAUCGUGAGGAGGCAGGAGGAGAACAUCGCCAAGAUCUUGGAGGAGAUCUCCUCCGUGGGUGAGCAGAUCCGUGAGCUGGAAGAGAAGUGUCAGCAGCCAGCAUAUGAACUCCUACAGGACAGCAGGAACAUCCUGAGCAGGCUUGAGAAGGAGUGCGCCCAGAAGCCACUGGAGGCAUCGCCUGAGCUGGCCGAGACGCCCACUAGUCUUCCCCAGAAGAACAUUGCCCUCAAGGAGAUGCUGAUGAAAUUUCAAGUAAGCCUGACGCUGGAUCCGGAGACGGCGCAUCCCCGGCUGGUCCUGUCCGAGGAUCGCAAGCGCGUGAGAUGGGAAGACACCCGCCAGCCCGUGCCCGACAACCCCAAACGCUUCGAUUCGUCUCGUUGCGUGCUGGGCUGCGAGGGUUUCAGCACGGGGAGGCACUACUGGGAGGUGGAGGUGGGCGACGGGGAAGCCUGGGCCGUCGGGGUGGCCAAGGAGUCGGUGAGGAGGAAGGGACGGAUCAGCGUCAACCCCGAGGUGGGCAUCUGGGCGGUGGGGCAGUGCGGGAGCCAGUACCAGGCUCUCACCUCUCCUACCAGCCCCAUCUCCCUGCUCACCGCCCCCAGGGUGAUUGGGAUUUACCUGGACUACGAGGCAGGGCGCGUGGCGUUUUUCGACUCCCACAACCUGGCGCCCAUCUUCACCUACCCGCCGACGUCCUUUGCAGGGGAGCAAAUCCUCCCCCUGCUCUGCUUGGGGAGGGGGUGCCAGUUCACCCUAUCCCCCUGACCCCCUCCAUGCCUCAAGUCUCACCCUCCCAAAUCUGGGGACACCGUGGGGUCUCAUCACCCCGGAGAUGGCUUUUGGGGGCAUGAAGAAAACCUCUCUGUCGGAGAACAAGGAUAGAGCUGAGCCAAAUCUCCAACUGAUCACAAAUCCCUGCUGUUUUCCGGACCCUUUACUCAUCUUUUUCAUCCCACUGAGCAUUGUGACUGAGCACAGAUGCUGUGGACCAAGAUGCAAAAGCCUGGAGGACUUCCCGACAGCUUCAAGUUUUCUUACCUUUCUUCCGAGAAGAAGGCAAGAAUCUAAUCAGUGGGUGAGAUAACCUAAUCAAUGGAGAAUGGUGGCAAUUUGUACAUUAUCUCAUUUAGAAAUAGCUCAACGGGUCUUUGCAGGAGUGCUCCGAUUGCAGAUGGAGCCUAGGUUGACUAGAUGGCAUGCAGACACAUCUCCUGUACAUGCCUAAAACCAAGAGAAAUAAAUCCUUCCCAAGCAGAUUUGGCUUCAACCUCUCAUUGAGCAACACCCUUGGGCUGAGCUGGUGCGUAAAGGCAAUUUGGGGAUGUAAGAAGGAGCCCAGAGGGGAUGGAAGGUGCUCACGAAGCAUUUCCCAGGUUCCUUACCACUGAAUGGACUCAGGGGUUUUGGAUAUCCAAAGCAAUUGUACAGAUGUGCUUUUGAUGGUUUGAAAAGCUUUGUUUGGAAAUGGUAAUAAGAAACUGCCUCCUUUGCA